AUGCCGACUAUGUCUUCAAGUAUGAUUUCAAAGGAAAUUGUUGCACUUCUGAUGUCUAUAUCGGUUACCGUGGUUUAUGGAGUUGGAUAUAAAACCUACAAUCAAUCACCCUAUAAUACAAAAAGUCUUGGUUAUGAAGUAAAAGGCAAUCAGUACCAGAAUCCAGAAGAAAAUGCAAAGGGAAUCAUGGUCCACACUAUCCGCCACGUGGGACUUUCCGUGAGGGGAGAUCCAGGGUUACCUGGACCCCCUGGACCUCCAGGACCACCCGGACUCCCAGGCCAAGUGGGAUAUCCAGGCAAGCCAGGUGUUGGGCAGAAAGGAGCUCCUGGCGAUCCAGGACCACCAGGACCACAAGGACUCAGCUUUAAGGGAAUUCCAGGUACUCCAGGUGCACCAGGACAGCCAGGAAGAAUAGGAUAUCCUGGACCAAAAGGUGAUCCAGGAAUUCAAGGGAUACAGGGGCAGAGAGGCAGUCCAGGGCCCCCAGGAAAUCCUGGGCCAGCUGGGCUGUCAGUGGUUGGUAAACCAGGUCCACCAGGUGCAGGGGGAUCUCCAGGAGCCCCUGGGCUACCUGGAGCAAAGGGACAUCCGGGUUAUCCUGGUCCUGCUGGGCAAAAAGGGGAAAGAGGAAUUGGUAUCCCAGGGCCUACAGGCGAGAAAGGACCUCCAGGUUCCCCGGGGUCACCAGGAAUCCCAGGACCAGUGGGAUUGAGUGCACCUGGAGCACCUGGUCGUCCUGGGGAACCAGGAAAAAAGGGUGAAAUGGGGUCCCCAGGCCCAUCUGGUUUCACAGGUGCACCAGGUCAAAAGGGGCCACCAGGACCACCUGGACUACCUGGAAUUGGAAAGCCUGGAGUGAAUGGUUCACCAGGAUUACCAGGAACCCCUGGUCAUAAAGGUCAUCCUGGCUUACAAGGUUUGCCAGGGGCACCAGGCUUGCCAGGCAUUGGAAAGCCAGGUCAACCAGGAUCCAAAGGAGAACCUGGUCCAGUUGGUUAUACUGGUUAUCCUGGAAAGAAAGGAGAGAUGGGACCAAUCGGCAAACCAGGUCUGCCAGGAUUAAUGGGACCAGCUGGUCUACCAGGAUCAGAAGGUCCCAGAGGUUUACAAGGGAUCCCUGGUUCACCAGGAAUGAAAGGGGCACAAGGGCAUAUGGGUAUACAAGGGUACCAAGGGACAAAGGGUGAGAGAGGUCCAACUGGUAGUCCAGGUACAUCAGGAUUUCCAGGGAAACCCGGUCCACCAGGUCUACCAGGAAUAAUUGGAUCUGCAGGCCCAAAAGGUGAUCCUGGCCUUCCUGGCCCAUCUGGUAAACCAGGAAGCCCUGGUGCUCCUGGUCCUCAAGGUCCAUUGGGCUUUCCAGGUCCAAUAGGUCUGAGGGGACCUGUGGGAGCACCUGGUCACAAAGGCUUGCCUGGUCUGCAAGGUGCACAAGGGCUUCCGGGAAAUAAAGGUGAUCCAGGAACUCCUGGCCUCCCAGGACCUCCAGGUAUUGUCAGCAGACAGUUAAUCACGGGAUCACCAGGAGCACCGGGUAAAAAUGGAGAAGUAGGUCCUCCAGGUCCACCAGGACCUCCCGGCCCACCAGGUUUACCUGGUGAAAUUUUUGUCCAACCAGAAAAAUCUGUACAGCCACCAUCUGGAUUAUUAAGCCCUAUUCCAGCUUUUACAGCCAUUCUAUCUCGGCCAUAUCCACCAGUAGGUCAACCAAUUAUAUUUGACAUAUUAGUGACCAAUUCAAAUAACAACUACAAUCCAUCAUCUGGAGUAUUUGUGUGUGAAAUACCAGGGCUUUACCAAUUUAGCUACCAUGUACAAAUCAAGGGGGCAAAUGUCUGGGUUGCAUUAUAUAAAAAUGGAAAACCCAUUCUACAGACAUAUGAUGAUUACACCGCAGGGCAUGUUGAUCAGGCCUCAGGUAAUGCUAUAGUACACCUACAUGAAAAUGACCAAGUCUAUGUAUUACUACCUUCAGAGCAAGCCAAUGGUUUAUAUUCAUCUGAUGAGAAACAGUCAACUUUCUCAGGGUUUUUAAUUAAUUAUCAUGUGAAAGGAUAUGAUGCUCAAUAUUCUGAAGAAGAAGAAGAAGGAGAACGAGAAGACAGUGAUGAUAGCAGAGAUUUUGAAGCUCAACAAGGACCAUACGGCAUACGAGGGCCACAGGGCCCACGAGGACCACCAGGCCCUCAAGGCCCAAUGGGUCCUCCUGGAAUAAGUGGCAGGGGGGCACCUGGAGCCCCUGGCAAACCUGGAAGUCCAGGGCCACCAGGAAUUUCGGCUGCGGGAAAGCCAGGAAUCCCAGGUGCACCAGGAAGACCAGGUGUAACAGGAGCCCCAGGAGCAAAAGGCGACAGAGGACCCCAGGGGAUUCCAGGGCCAAUUGGCAAAGCAGGGCCCAUGGGAUAUCCAGGGCCAGCAGGGUUAUCUGUUGCCGGAAAACCAGGGCUUCAAGGGCCUACAGGGCCUACAGGAGCACCUGGACGACAAGGGGAAAGGGGAAUGACAGGACCCAUGGGUCUCCCAGGUGCAAAGGGGGAUAGGGGAGUGGGAAUGCCUGGGCUUCCCGGCGGCAGAGGAGAAACAGGUCCUCAGGGGCCACCAGGCCAACCUGGACCAGCAGGAAGAGGUGCACCUGGCGCACCUGGUCACCCAGGUCUAAUGGGUGAAAAGGGGGCCAAGGGUUCACCUGGUCCAACAGGAUAUACAGGUGCACCAGGCCCUAAAGGACCAGCAGGAAGUCCUGGAUUACCUGGAUAUGGAAAACCUGGAAAACCAGGUGCACCAGGAAUGCCUGGAGCUCCUGGAUACAAGGGUUCCGCUGGUCCACAGGGCUUGCCCGGUGCACCUGGACUGCCUGGUUUUGGAAAACCAGGGCUACCAGGGCCCAAAGGAGAAGCUGGUGUUGCAGGUGUUCCUGGUUACCCUGGUGAGAAAGGAGAGAUGGGCGCAGCUGGGGCAACUGGAGCUCCUGGAGCCAGAGGUUUACCAGGACCAACCGGAUCACAGGGCCCAAGAGGCUCAGCAGGUGCAACAGGUGCACCUGGAGAGAAAGGUCCUAUGGGGCCCAUUGGUCGGUCUGGAUAUCCAGGAGCCAAGGGUGAGAUGGGUCCUGCUGGUGCCCCUGGAAAAUCAGGAAUGCCUGGAAUGCCAGGUGCACCUGGCCAAGAAGGACGAGGGGGAGCACCUGGAGCCAAAGGCAGCAUGGGACCAGCUGGUGCACCUGGUAAACCAGGAAGCCCUGGCCGUCCUGGUAGUCAAGGACCAGUCGGGUACCCUGGUGAAGCAGGGGCAAGAGGAACGGCAGGGUCACCUGGUCCAAGAGGUCCAGCUGGACCAGCUGGUUCUCCAGGGUUUCCUGGAGAGAAAGGAGAUCCAGGACGUCCUGGUUCACCUGGUCCUCCUGGACAAUUUUACGGGAAGAUGAGCAGUGGCGCACCUGGACCAGAAGGACCACCAGGCCCUCCAGGUCAACCAGGUCCUCCUGGCCCACCAGGUCCACCAGCAGAAAUGAUUAUGUCCCCAGGAAAGUACAAUUAUAAUGGUUACAUUAAAUCAGGAGAGCCAUCAGGUGGGAUGCUCAGUCCAUAUCCUGCCUUUACUGCUAUUCUUUCCCACUCAUAUUACCGUACCGGGGAACCAAUCGUGUUUGACAAAUUAGUGACCAAUUCAAAUAGGAACUACGAUCCAACAACCGGAAUUUUCACAUGUGAAAUAUCUGGUCUCUAUCAGUUUAGUUAUCAGGUGCAAGUCAAGGGAGCAAAUGUUUGGGUUGGAUUAUACAAAAAUGAUCAGCCUGUGAUGUAUUCAUAUGAUGACUACACAGAAGGUUAUAUUGAUCAGGUCUCAGGAAGUGUGACCUUGUACCUAGAUGAAAAUGAUCAAGUCCAUGUUCAGUUACCUACAGAAGAGUCUAAUGGUUUAUAUUCUUCAGACCUCAUGCACUCAGCAUUCUCAGGGUUUCUAAUUGUUCACUCAUGAUGUGCACCAGCUUGGAAAUAUCCAAUGGUGUGCUGAAUACUCUAUUCUGAGUGAGGAACAACACAAUGUAGUUAACAGAACAAAUUCAUAAAGGAUCAAACAUACUUAUUGUUAUAUUAAGAAGUAUCCUGUUCUGACCAGUAAACAGUUGUGUUGUUUUCAUUUACCAAACGUCAUCUGUCUGAAACAAAGCCUUCAGGUUUAGGAUAUGCACCUUGGAAACAGAAGUAUAUUGUUCUUCUGAUGAAAUAAUUAUCCAAAAAAAUUCUGAAUAUAUGCAUUAAAUUCUUUUACUAAAAGGGUCUUGUCACUUCAAAAUUUAAUUGUUCCUUUGAGUUAAACAUUUUGA